ACGAGGUGCAGAUGGUAGGAUUGCAGACCGCAGUUUAGGCCGGGGCGCAUCUUCAUUUGCAGUAGAGCCGGCUGGAUAUCUAGGAGGGUCGUACGACACGUCUCUUUUGGUGAAGUACGAGCAUCAUGUUGCUCGCCAUUUAUGGUUUGGUGAGGAAAGAGGUCCAAAGAAAGAGUUAAAGGUUGCUGGACAUGGACUAAAGCUGGCAUCUAGGGUUCCACUAGCUCUUCCACAACAGGUGGAGAGUUGGGUAUCUAGAUCUGGUUUAUCUUCACUUCAGAGAACUAGUCUGAACAAGAUAGACACAAAUCUUGUCUCUGCAUUUGUGAAAAGAUGGCAUCUAGAGACAUCUUCAUUUCACAUGCCGUUUGGUGAAAUGAACAUUACUUUGGAUGACGUCUCAUGUCUGCUUCACUUGCCCAUCAGGGGUGUCUUCUAGAGUCCUCAGGAUGUCACGGAAGAGGUAGCUGUUGAACUUGCUGUUGACUACUUAGGAGUGUCACAGGGUGAGGCACAAUCACAUGUUCGUAGCUGCAGGGAUUCGUAUUAUAAGUUGGGGUGAUUAUACGAUUUAUUCGUACAGCAUAGAGCUGCUUCCAACUAGGCUUAUGCGACUAGAGCAUAUCUAUUGAUGUUGGUGGGUUCCACCAUUUUUGCCGACAAGACCUUUACACUUGUCGAGGCAUGAUACCUCUUACUAUUUACGGACUUAGAUAGAUGUUCGAGAUAUAGUUGGGGAGCAGCUGUACUAGUUACUCUAUAUCUUGGAGAUGCGUCCAUGUUCAGUUGCAAACAGCUCGCUGGAUAUCCUACUCUCCUACAAUGCUGGAUUCACAAGUACUUUCCAACUGUUGGAAAAAGAGGGGAGAAUUGGAAACCAGCUGAUAAUUGUGGUCUUCCUCGAGCGAUGAGAUGGUCCUAUAGGCAAGGAGUCCUGAAGGUUGAUGAUUUACGAUCUAUUUUGGACGAGCUGACACCUGCCGACGUCAUAUGGCGUCCAUUUGAGGAUCAUAGAGCAUUGCGUCAGUUUGGUGAGUUAUGUCUCUACAGGGGGUGUUUGAAGUGGGGUGACACAGUUGUUCCAUACUUGCCUAACAGAUGUUUACGUCAGUUCGGGUACAAGCAGUAUGACGCCGGACCAUCUGAUCCUGAUUGGGCUCGUGUAUCUACAUUGAUUCAUCGUUAUCUGAGGCAGGUUAAUACCGAAGAGGAAGAUCCACAGUUUGUUGAUUUAUUUGAAGCUAUGCAUAUUUCUCGUUCACAUUGAUUUAUGUAUUAAG